GCUGGGCCUCCGCUGCCCGGUCGGCCGGCGGCCCCCGCCGUCCCCUCCUAGUGUGGCCUGGGGCCCAGCCGUUGGGACCCCAUUUCCCCCGGGUCGGCGACUGGGGUGGGGGUGGGGGGUCCCUGGCCCCGGCGCUUCUCCAUCUUCUCGCCUCCACCCCGUCGGGCCGUGAGCCGUUUCGAAAUUGAAAGCGAACUCACUGUAGGAUGAGGAAACUGGAGUUUGGAGAAACUUGCCUGAGGCCACACACUGCUCUCACGUGUGCCUGAGGGCCUGGUGCCCGGGGACCGGCCUCCCCGCCCGGACCGGACGUCGCAUCUUGACCGCCCGCUGCCCGCAGCCUCUUUGGUCUGGUCCUUCCCCUCGGCAGGGGAGUCGUCUUCUUCCAAGUUGCCCUUGAUGCAGAGGGAAGCGAUGGCCGAGAGCAGCUGCGGCCGAAAAUCCCGCGAGUGCCCCAGCUGCUCCUCUCCUUCCCGGAGAAACGUGCUCUGUGUCUGCUCCUGCAGAGCAAAGCUGCCGGCUGUGUCCGUGGUGGAAAUGUCACAGACAUCCAGCAUCGGGAGUGCGGAGCUGACCACUUCGCCGGAGGGGAGGCAAGAAAGACGCGCCAGCAAAGACGCUGCUUCCGCAGACGCCUCGCCCUCAAGAACUUCAGAGGUGGAGAGAAAACCCUCUCAGCCACAGUGGGGUCGGGGCAACGUUCCAGAAGGACGAGUUCCUCACAUACGAACAGACAACGGAGCUGCUGUUGAGGAAAUCUACACCUUCGGAAGAAUAUUGGGACAAGGGAGCUUCGGAAUGGUCAUCGAAGCUAUAAACAAGGAAACAGAGACGAGGUGGGCAAUUAAAAAAGUGAACAAGGAGAAGGCCGGAAGCUCUGCUGUGAAGUUACUUGAACGGGAAGUGAGUAUCCUAAAAAGUGUGAAACACGAACACAUUAUACAACUCGAACAAGUGUUUGAGACGCCUAAGAAAAUGUACCUGGUGAUGGAGCUGUGUGAGGACGGAGAGCUCAAGGACGUCCUGGCCAGGAGAGGCCGCUUCUCGGAGAACGAGACGCGGUGGAUCAUCCAGAGUCUGGCGGCGGCCACAGCCUAUCUGCACAGCAAGGAUAUAGUGCAUAGAGACCUCAAACUAGAAAAUGUCAUGGUGAAGAGCAGCUUUAUUGACGCUAACAACGAAAUGAACGUAAACAUAAAGGUGACAGAUUUUGGCUUGGCGGUGAGGAAGCAGGGAAGGAGCGAAGCCAUGCUGCAGACCCCGUGUGGCACGCCGAUCUACAUGGCCCCCGAAGUUAUCAGCGCCCACGACUACAGCCAGCAGUGUGACAUCUGGAGCAUAGGGGUCAUAAUGUACCUUCUAUUGUGUGGCGAGCCGCCCUUCGUGGCGAGCUCCGAAGAGAAGCUUUUUGAGCUGAUAAGAAAGGGGGAGCUGCGUUUCGAAGCUGCCGUCUGGGAUUCCGUCAGCGACGCCGCUAAAAGCGUUUUGAAGCAACUUAUGAAAGUAGAUCCGGCUCACAGAAUCACAGCUAAGGAACUGCUAGAUAACCAGUGGUUAACGGGCAAUGCACCCUCUUCAGCGAGACCAGCCAAUGUGUUAGAGAUGAUGAAAGAAUGGAAAAAUAACCCAGGAAGUGACGAAGAAAGCACGACAGACCAAGAAAGCAACUGGGCCCAUCAAGAAAAGGGGAGAGAGGACCCACCCAGUGGAAAUGCGCACGCCGUCAGCCACUCUUCCGACGAAGAGGAGGGCAAGCAGUCGGCUGCUUGUGACAAGACGCGUCCUGGGCUGGGUAAGAAGGACGAUGUGGACGACUCGGAGCUGCGUUCCCUGCGUUCCGUACCCAGCAGACUCCUUCCCGUGGAACUCAAAGGAGAAGCAGAGAAGCCCCCCACGACCUCAAGCCAAGGGGCAUCCCCCAAAGGCAAGGUUAAAUCCGCUGCGCUGCCCAGAACCAAAAAGAAGCUCUGACAGUGCUGCGUGUACGGAAGCAGAGCUGCUCUUUCCGGCGCUGGGAAUGAGGGGGAGGACGGGAGGAGGACUGAGACCAAGCUGAGCUUUUUAGCCCCUUAGCCGUGCGGAGCCUUGCCCCGGGUUUGCACCCGUUUCAAACGGAAGCUUCUUUUCUCCAAAGCGGGUUGGUGUUAAAGGCAGCCGCCGACAGGCUCGAAGGCAGGCGCGGCCAAAUGGACGCAAGGUGUUUUGGAGAGUUGUUUAGAGGAGCAGAUGCCCGCAGAGCAAGGCUGUGGGCUCCCCUGCCCAGUUUUACUUCCAGUUCUUACAUUUAGGCACGAUUAUUUAUAUGGGAAAGUGAGAGCCAGAUAUGGUAAUGGAACUUCCAAGUGAUCAUGUGCUCUCUGCACUAGAAGAUUUGUUAGGAAAUUGCUAAUAAACUUGCCGCAGGUGUAACAGCGGGAGUGCUGCAGCUAGUCA